ACUUGGGCCGAUUCUGGUCAGUCAUUCAUUUUGAUUCCUGGCCAAUUCCUCGUUGUUGGGGAGAUACAUGAUAUUCGUUUAAAGAGUAUAUUAAGUAGAACGUAAUUAGAUACAGGCUAAAAUAUGCAAUAUUUUUUAAAGAGAAACGGCGCUGGCAGACAGGAUUUAGUUCACCCCGGUCUCUGGCCCACACUCCAGUACAGGAGGGUGCGGUAAUGCACCAUACCUUUGGACGCCAACCACCGAUGAACCCCACCGAAGAAGCGGCCAUUUUGUUAGACGUUUGACGGCUAGGGAGAUUAGCUGACGCCUUUCGUAUUGUUUUUUUUACCUUACCCUCACAAAUUGGAGGUGUAAUUACACUGGUUCUUAUAAUUGAUCAAGUAUAAUUUAUUUUGCGAACAGGGUCGACCUCGUUUUUAAAAACGUAAAGAAAUUGGGCAAUAUUUUGUGUAUCAUAUUCGUGCGAGAUCCUGCUAACCAUUCAUGUUGCAAGCGUGUGCGGUGUUUAUUAGCCAGGAACACAGGGCCUUUUCAGCUCUCAUGGCCACCAUCUAUCGAUUUUUUUAAACAGCUGUCUGCCCCGUGAACGCACAAAUUAGCAAAACUUUUAUCUUUCACCCAAUUUGUAUUACCCAAAUUAGAUUAGAGACUCCUUGGAAUAUCGCUUUGCUAGCUGGUUUUGCUAGCUAAUCGACAGAACCCCGCGUGCGCCAUUAGCUGUGAACGUGAAUUAGCAAUUAGCUAGCUUGCUAACUACUUCCUAAUCUAACUUCGAGACCAUGGCAGAGUUGUACAUUCGCGUGGCAGAGGACGAAAACGAAGAGCCAAUGGAGAUCCCAUCGGAGGAUGAUGGGACUGUUUUGCUGUCAACGGUUGCAGCCCAGUUUCCCGGAGCGUGCGGCCUACGUUACAGGAACCCUGUGUCUCAGUGCAUGCGAGGCGUCCGUCUAGUUGAGGGUAUCUUGCAUGCACCUGAGAAUGACUGGGGUAGUCUGGUGUACGUCGUCAACUACCCAAAAGAUAACAAAAGGAAAAUGGAUGAAAUGGAUGCUGCCUCUGCGGUUAAAAUGAAGAGGAGUAUUGAGAAAACAUCAGACCUCAUUAUCCUUGGUUUGCCUUGGAAAACAUCUGAGCAAGAUUUGAAAGACUACUUCGCCACUUUUGGAGAAGUCAUCAUGGUGCAGGUCAAAAGAGAUGUUAAGACUGGGAACUCAAAGGGUUUUGGUUUUGUUCGGUUCACUGAGUACGAGACUCAAUCCAAAGUGAUUUCUCAGCGACACAUGAUUGACGGAAGAUGGUGUGACUGCAAACUACCCAACUCUAAGGCAGGUCCCGAUGAGCCCAUGCGCAGCCGUAAAAUCUUUGUUGGCCGCUGCACAGAGGACAUAACCACUGAUGAGCUCCGGCAGUUCUUCAUGCAGUAUGGCGAGGUCACUGAUGUCUUCAUUCCCAAACCCUUCCGGGCUUUCGCCUUUGUGACUUUCGCAGAUGACCAGGUUGCUUCAGCCCUGUGCGGAGAGGACCUGAUCAUCAAGGGUGUCAGCGUGCACAUCUCUAACGCUGAGCCUAAGCACAAUAAUAGUAGGCAAAUGAUGGAUCGUGGGGCUGGUGCGUUCGGGGGCCAGGGCUAUGGCGGUGGUCGUGGAGGGAUAGGGAGCAGUGGCAGUAGCGGGGUGAAUUUCGGGGGGCUUAGCCUUAACCCAGCCAUGAUGGCCGCCGCUCUGCAGAGCAGCUGGGGCAUGAUGGGUAUGCUUGCUAACCAGCAGGGUCAGACCAAUUCGGCAGGUACCGCCGCUGCCGGGCAGACCAGUGCCACCCGGGAUCAGAGCCAGGCCUAUAGUUCUAAUAGCACAAGUUACAGCAGCCCCAGCUCAGCUAGCCUAGGGUGGGCUGCAGGCACCAACUCUGCCUCCGGCAGUGGCUUCAGCUCUGGAUUUGGCACCUCUAUGGAGUCAAAAUCAUCAGGUUGGGGAAUGUAGAAAACUUUGAUUUAAAGUCCUAUUUCUAGAUUUAUCUGGUAAGUAUUUUGAGGGGCAAGAAAGAGUUAGUCAUAUCUUAUGUCCCUGCUAUUUAAAACUAUAUUGCCUUUCAUUUUGUUAAAGAAGACAUUUGACUAUUCAUAUGUUUGUGUGUGUGACUAAUUCUGUAGGAAAUGAGUGCACAGAGUGGUUGAAGUGUAUAGUUCUUUAGGGGUAAACUGCUACACUACAUGUCUUUUUUUUUUCCUUGAGAAAAAGUUAUUUAGUUUAAGACGUGACAUGAUGACUCUGCAUGCUAAGUAGAUAUUUCUGAGAUGCACGAGUAUCACGAAAGCCCCCCUAAACCACCUGUAUAUGGUCUUGAAUUGGGCUUGAGGUUUAAUCUCUGUAUGCAGUUGAUUGUCUUUUUUGUUUGCCGUUUUAUGGAAAGCCUUCAUGAAAAUCUCUUCAACAGUUAACUCUUCUUCUUUUUUUGUUGUUGUUGAAUUUCCUGGAAAGAAGCCCCUCAUUGGCAGCAAUGUUUGACCAAACUCAGUAUCAGUACCCCUCUUCCCAUGUGUAAAUGCUUUGCCAUCGAAAGACACAGCUUCACUCUGCAUAUACUGUUAGACUGUGGGUGUUGUCUUUAUCUCCCCUUUUUAUGGAUCAAAACAUCUUGUCUGCUUUAUCACUUGAGAACAAAGCGAUUGGUAGUGGCCAAAGAGUGAGAGACUGAGUGGGAAAAGCAGUGUGUAAAGGACUGGUUGUGCGAUGCUGAAGAGACAGAUGUCUGCGAGAGUUGAGAAGAACCUGUGGCUUUGUGCGAGUGUGUUCCAUAUGACCAUCAAAAGGACAUUCAUCGUAUCUUGAGAUCCCGAAGGUCUCCUUUCUCUAUUUCUAUCAAGCUUAAUCUUGAACACAAUGGAAUGUUUAGUGCUAUGAAUAUUUGUAUCCUUUCUUGCUGUCUGAUUUGACGUGGAUGCUGUAUGGUGUGUAUGCUUCAUUUUCUUCUUGUUCCUACCCCUUUCUGUGUGAAAAUGUGACCUGCUGUUGGUGAUUGUCUGUGUUGAGAGCACUGGGGGAGCUUGGAGGAUUGUGAACUCGGUGUGUCUUUAAGAGGGUGAAGUGGCAAGCGUUUGACGAGCUAUUGACAUUUUGUGUUAUAGUGUUUUUGAAUGCAUUUUAUAUGUUUUGUGAAUCAAAGGGAAUUCUCAAAUAAAACAAAAUUUGACUAGG